AUUAGAACACUCAUAUUUCUCUAUGGUGAAUAAAAUUAUAAAAAAAAAAAGAAAAACUCGUGUCUCUCUCUGCCACCAACGAACUGAUUUCGAGACAGAAAAAUCAGACCAACGUGGCAGAGCACUAGCACGCCGAAGUACACGUGUCACGUUCUGAUCGCCACCGAACAACCGUCACCCAUACAUAUAAAGGAUAAACCUCACCCGAAUCACAUUAUCGAGGGAGAAAACACGCCAUGUCUUCCCUUCAAUCGCACAAACCACUACCGUGGGAGGUCCUGUCUCUGGUGGCACAGCACCUUGACCCCCGAACCCUCGCCGUAGCCUCCUGCGUGUCCAAGUCAUGGUCAAUUGGAAUGUCCAUGGACCACCUCUGGCAACCCAUUUGCACCACCGACUACCCUUCACUCUUAAUACUCAAAAUCACUGACCCAUCACUCCCUUAUCGCCGCUUAUACUCUCUAGGCCUCACUGCCGCCAAACGACACCGUCGGACACAACAACCACCCCUCCUUUCCCUAAACGACAUCGUAUUCACCGUCUGUUUGUCCACCAAGAGGAGGACUAUUCUCAACGUAGCAAAACCGUGUAGCCAACUAAAGCGUGACCAAAACGGUGUGUUUCGAUUCGAUAUCGUUCAUUUAAAUGAAGAGUGUCUAUCACUGACCGAUGUGGGAUUUAAAGAAAUGCAGAUAACGUGGAACGUGGUUUUGAAAGGGUGGAGAGGGGUUUUUACUAUGAUGGAUUGUGAUCAGGGGAAAUUGAGCUUUGGUCUGGCGGCUGAGGGAUGGUUCUCGGAGGAGCUUCCGCCGCCGGGGUGUUGCUCGGGAGACACCUCUAGUGGGGUUGUGGCGGACUUGAAAAUUGGGGUUAGUGGGAGAAGAGGAAAUGGUGAAGUUGUGGUGGAGAGAGUUAGUGUGGGGAUUAUGAGCAUAGUGAGUUGGAGAUAUGUGAGUGUUGAUGAUGGGCUUAGGUACUUGCAACAUUUUCUUGUACCAUCUCCCUUGUAA